GCAACAUUCACAACCUUUUGCAAUUAGACAUGUUGCCACCUGUAGAUCCGACGACAUUGCAGCGCAACUCGAACUUCGAAGCACUGUAUAAAGACCUUUGCGCGCGGAAACUGAACGCUGAUGGGUCGACACGAGAUACGAAGAAGCAGCGCAUGCACGAUGAAAUACGACGAAGUCUAACAACCGCCCGAUCAACACUUUUAUCGUCACAAAUCUUAAUCGACACUUUGACCACAUUACCUUCCCGCGCACCAACCCUUCCAGACGAGCUGCACGCCUGCAUCGACCUCGUCACCGCCCUCCUCUUAGGCCAGAUUCCGGACCCCUCAGAUCGCGAGAUCCUUUCAGGCGACACAACCGCCUUCCUUGACAACAUCGACAUCGUCGCCGCAGCAGUCUCCUCGCAGCUCGAAACCCUCACCGCCCACCUGUGCACGAUCGCCGCCCCCCUAUCUCCUCCCACCCCAGCAUCCCUCUCUAUAACAGCAGAAAAUCUCCUCAGCGCCGCCACCCUCGACCUCCCGCGUGCCCUCGCGUCAGCACGCACCCAGCUCACCAACGCCCUGACGUCUCUGCUCUCUCUGCACAGGCAGAUCCUUGAGACCUCGGUCCGCAUCCUGGAGCAGACGCAGCACGGCUCGCUCGCACGGCACACCAAAGCGCGCGCCGAGCUGCUGCACUCGCGCGCCACGCUGCUCGGGCUACAGGCGCGCUGCUACACGUUCGGGCACCCGCCGCCUGCGGAGUUUGUCAGCGCGUUGAAGGAGUUUAGGAAGAGUCAGGGCAGCGGGGAGCGGGCAUUGAGGGAUCGCGAGGCCCUGGCUAGGCAGAGUCUGAAGCUGUAUGAGCAGGCGGGUGAGAAGGGGGUUCGGGAGUUAGCGAAGCGGAAGGCGUAUCUUGAUGCUGAGACGGGGAGGAUGGAGGAUGAGAUCGAGGCUCUGGAGCGCGGGAGGUGAGCGGUGAUGCGGUGAAGCGUUGUAUCUAUCUGUACGAAUCUCUAGGAAGGACAAGUUAUAUCCUCUUCUCAGCAACGACCUCAUACUUUUCGUCCACGAUCUCGCCCGUCUCUUCAUUCAGGAUCUUCCGCGCGCCCAUCUUACAGAUCUGCACUCUGUCAAUCAGCACGUCGUCCGCCCAAGCAAAGUCCUUAUACGCCUCAAUCAACCCUGUGGCGUCAAAACGCAUCCAGCUCUUCGAGUCCCGUCUACGGGCCUUUCCUCCAUCCGCGCCCUCUCCCUCCCCAAUCUCCCCAAUCUCCCCA